GGCUGUACUGCAGGUGUGAAAUACGUCAUACUUUUUCACAGGUGUUCGUAUUAUUUUGUCCUCCAUCUGUAAGUGUCUAGCCAUUCUAGCUCUUCAUUACAUGUGACAUUCCAGCAUUUAUGCUGUGAAGGACUGGACACAAGAAUGGUGCUUUCGAUGAUAAUAUCACUUUUUACAGUUCCACUAGAAUUCCUUUACUGGAUUAAAUGGGCCAUUGCUUACGUUGCCAUCCGCCUCCAUAAUAAAUUUCAUGGCGGUCGAUUCAACCUGUAUGAUUUUCGAGUAGUGAACGAUCCGCUUAAAUUAGCGAUCCUCGUCCCACAAGAAGAAAAGAACUUAGAAUCGCCUUUCCCGGAUACUCAUUUACUCGAACACGUUGAUGAAGUCGCUUUCUAUGGUGUCAAUUCAAAGUCAGAAGGCUUGCUUGUGCGCAUAGCAAGAGGCUGCAACCAAGUGGCCGAUGCAUGGGUCUAUCUGAAGUUGGCCAAUGGCAAAACAUACUGUCUAACAGAAACGGUGGGCUACCAGCAAUCGACAGAUGGAAAUGAUCACACUUUCUCUUGCGGCAAACUGCAAAUGCAUUAUUUAUCUCCAAUGAGAAGAUGGAGAAUAUUUUAUUGCGGAAUGCUGAAGGAAAUAUCUGAAGACAAAAAGGAUGCUGAAGAAGCGGUGUUUGUCAAAUUUGUGUUCUUGUGGAAGGCUUCGUCAGAUGUAUAUGAUUGUACGCUGGAUACCAAUCCUGAAGGAUUUGCAGAUGCUAUGGCGAGAUCAGAAUGGAAAGUUCCAUUUGUGCCCCCAAUUAAAAAAUUUACUGAAGCAUUGGACUUUUAUGCCCAGGCUGGAGUGGUAACAGGAACAGUUUCUGUCAACGACGAGCCUGAGUAUGAUAUGUAUCUUUUCGGUGAAAAAAUGAGAAGUCUUGGAAAAAGCGCAAAUAUAGCUGGGUGCAAAUUCACAACAAUAUUAGGGAAUAUACCAGCAAACGGAUUGACUUUUCACCUAUCACAUGCUUCAGCUCCGUACAUGUUUAAAAAUGCUCCUUUCGGAUUUACUGUCGAUCCAGAUGGAAAUUUAUGGGUUUUGAAAGAAUUGGAUAUCAAUAUCAAACCCUUCUCAGUUAAAAGAACUGGAAGUUCUUUUAGGGCAGCCUUUCAAGCAGGAGAGCAGUAUGAGAUUUAUGGAAACAUAGCGCAGCCAAUCGUUUUCUACAGUGAUCAAGGUUGGAGUGGAUUUCUUGAACUCUCCUACAUUAACUUCACUUACAAAAACAAAAAGGGAAGUGGCUUAAUACUGACGGGAGAGGUGUAUAAAGAACCUAAACAGCCACCGAAGCUUUUGCCAUCAUUAAAGCCACCAGAAAUUGUACCUUUAACGUUGCCGUUUUCUGAUGAAGCUUCUCAUUUUGGGGAAAUUUCCGGAGGAAAAGGGUCUUCUUUAGGGAUAUUAACGCAAUUGAGCAAAGAAGAUAAAACAUUCACUGUGCCUAAGGGAAUAAUUGUGACAACUUCAGCUUAUGCCGAGUUUUUGACUCCUGAAAUUCUUGAUGCCGUGAAACAUCUGGAAGAUAUUGCUUAUGGAAAUGAAACAGGCGAUUUAAUAGUGGCCUGCAAAAAAAUUUCAAGAAUCGUGGAAAAUACACCAUUACCUAAAAAGAUUUGCCAUAGUAUUCUCGAAGACUUAAAGGAGGUUUUCAAAGAUGAAGUGAAUCAAAAGAAGUUUCCAAUUCGAUCUUCUGCAACAGGAGAAGAUACCGCGGCGAUGUCUGCUGCAGGUCAGAUGGACACGUUUCUUGGUGUGCAAGGUCUCAAAGAGAUUUUUUCGGCUGUCAAAAAGUGUUGGGCAUCUCAAUUUGGACAUAUUGCUGUCGAAUAUAAAAGACGAUAUGGUCAGGUAUUGAAUUCUCCAAUGGCUGUUGUUAUUCAAGAAAUGGUUGCUUGUGAGGUGUCAGGGGUGAUGUUUACUUGUGAUCCAGUUACUAACAAUCCUUCCUACAUUACCAUAACUGCCAAUUAUGGAUUAGGAGAGACUGUGGUUUCUGGAGCUGUUGAGCCAGAUACUUACAACAUUCGAAGGAAGGAAAGCGGGAAGUUAGAAAUGAAGUCCGUCAUUCUGGGGAGCAAACAUCAGAGAAUUGUCAUGCAAGAAUCCGGAGGUACGAUUACUGAAGAUCUUGGAGAAAAUUCGAAAAACGAAAGCUGUUUGACCAGAGAAGCUGCUAUCCAACUUUCAAAAUUAGGAGUAAAAAUUGAAAAAUAUUAUAAAUCUUCCAGGGACAUUGAAUGGGGCAUAGUGAAUGAUAAAAUAUACAUUUUGCAGUCUCGUCCAGUCACAAAUGCAGCUGCCGAAACAGAUGAAGAAAUUAAGCACGAGUUUGAUUCACCACUUAGAUGUGAAAAUGAAUAUGCUUCAGUAGCAAAUAUUGGAGAAGUUAUGCCCGGUGCGAUGUCACCAUUGGGAAUUGAUCAAAUGACGAAAUUCUUUAUUUGCGCUAUUCAGAAACAAGCUUGGGAAAAAGGAUUUGUCGAUAAUCUAUUCAAGAGUAAAUAUUUCCAGCCCGGUAUUCUGCAAUUUUGCAAUCAUAUGAUGAUGACCGUAGUGGAGACGAUAACUCGCUACGGAGUCAACACACCAGCAUCAAAAGGCUUCAUGAUAAGUAUAUUUGGUCGUAUUUUGGACGAUCCAGAAUUGCUGGAUUAUGCCUACGAAAAAGUGAAAGAUGGAGUACAACAAUCUUGGAUGUUUAAUUUGAGAUAUUACUGGGACUUAUUCUUCUUUGACCAUUCCCUUCCAAAAGUCAAAAAGAAGAUAUUUGACUACCACAUGGAAUUUCUAAGACACGAAACCGCUAAAGAAACUUUUGAAGCUAUAUUAAAUGCCUGUUCAGAUUUUGACGAUGCUGCAAAGAAACACAUGGAAUGCACUGAAAAUUCUUCAAACUGGAAUAUGACAAUGUUUUCGAUUCUUUGCAAAACGAAGGAAUCUGUCGACAAUGAUAUUUACAGCGAUUUUGCCAGAUUUUUAGCUUCGUCGUCGAAUGUGGAGAGUGCUGACGUUCCUCAAGCUAUGCAGGAGGUGGCUAAUCAGAUAGUGAAAGAUAUUGGCGCUGAAGAAUUCAAGGCGAUGUCAGUUGAGGAAGCUGAAGAAUGGUUGCAAACCUCACCUACAAUGGCUGGUAACAAAUUUAGGAAAUUUCUGCUGAGACAUGGUCACAGGUGUUUGAAAGAAUUUGAUAUUCGAUCGAUAACAUGGGGAAUGGAUCCCAAGUUAUUGGUGAAGCUAUUACAGAAUCUCGCUGGUAUUAGCAAAGAAGAAACAAAGCAAGAUGAUAGCAUCGAUAAGAUAUUCUCCCAACUGAACGUUCCUUUGACUUUCAUGUCCAAGUUAAUGCUGAGGUUUGUUGUGCCCAAUUGUAGAAGAGGAGUUAGAGCCAGAGAAGCUUCUAAAUCUAUCCUGAUCAAAGCAAUGGAUAAUUGGCGAAAAGGAUACCGUCGUCUAGGUAAACAAAUGGUUUCUGAAGGACGUUUGCCUGAUGAAGACUUGAUUUUCUUCCUGACUCUCGAUGAAAUUAAGGAUUUGUUAAACACCAGAUCCCCCGGUAUUAUAACAAGAGCAAUUCAUCGCAAAAAGAUACAUCCAAUACUUGACAGCUUUAAAUUUCCAGAAAUUUCGAAGGGGUUGCCUAAGCCUAUUAAUUAUGAGGAAGAUUCAUCAGAAAAUUAUGAAUUCGUUGCAGACUUAACAAUGAAAGGUAUUCCUGUGAGUCAAGGUGUGACGAAAGGAUAUGCAAGAGUGGCUAUGACAUUAGAUGAAGCAGCUCAUUUGAAGCCAGGAGAAAUUCUAAUAACUUAUUCUACUGACAUUGGCUGGAGUCCUUAUUUCCCCAUUAUCUCUGGAGUGGUUACAGAGCUGGGUGGGCUUAUUUCCCACGGGGCUGUCGUUAGUCGCGAGUAUGGAUUACCUUGUGUUGUGGGAUUGCAAGGAGCUACAAAGAGAUUUCGAACAGGUGAUUAUGUUCUACUUGACGGCAAAAAAGGAAUAUUGCAAAGAUUGCCACAGCCAGAAGAAAAAAAUGAUUGAUGAAAAUAAUGGUUUCUUUGUCUUCCAACUAAAGACUUGAUUUAAUUUUAAAAAAAUAUGUUCUGUUUGCUUUCAGUUACCUACCUUCAGUUAAAAAAACCGUUACCGUUUACCUUCAGUUAAAAAAAGAAUUGAAUGAUAAAAGAAGAAAAUCAUUUAAUUGUUUUCCAAUUUAAAAGCGAAAACUGAAUAAAAAAUGUUCUAUUUGCA